AUGACACAUUGGACUGCACUUGUCGCAGAGAAGCAGCAGAGGCAGCUGAAGUCCAUUCCACAAGACUGGCUUGUGUCUCCGCCUCCAGACUCUACUCUAGACGUGACCGGAUUCCCGGAUGCGUGCGGCCUUCUAAAUGCACGAGAAAUCGAGAUUACUAAUACUUCGGUGGAUGCUUUGUUGGACAAACUUUCGUGUGGCGAAUGGACAGCUGUAGACGUGACCACCGCGUUCUACAAGAGGGCCAUUGUUGCCCACCAGCUCGUCAAUUGCUUGACGGAAAUUUUUGUUGAUCGUGCAUUAGCCCGAGCGGCUGAACUCGAUGAUCACUUUAAACAGACAGGGAAGGUUGUUGGUCCCCUCCAUGGGCUGCCAAUCUCUCUCAAGGACCAACUAUGUAUCAAGGGAAUAGAAACCACUAUGGGUUAUAUCUCGUGGAUUGGGCGGUACGCAGAGAAAAACGCGGUGCUGGUCGACAUUCUGAUCGAAUGUGGAGCUGUGCCAUUCGUCCGCACAAACCUUCCGCAGACAGUCAUGUGGCCAGAAACCUUCAAUAAUAUCUUCGGCCGGACGACUAACCCAUACAACCGCUCUCUGACCCCGGGUGGGUCAUCUGGAGGAGAGGGCGCGUUAGUUGCCCUCAAGGGAAGCCCUUUGGGGGUGGGUUCUGAUCUCGGGGGUUCUAUUCGUAUUCCAUCUGCAUUCUGCGGCUUGUACAGCCUGAGACCGUCGUACGGGCGUGUACCGUACUGUGGCGCCCUCAACUCACUUGAGGGUCAAGAUUCGGUUCUCUCCGUAUUCGGUCCUAUGGCGAACAGCAUCGGCGGCGUCAAAGCCUUCAUGAAAGCUGUUGUCAACGCUAAACCAUGGCUCAAAGACCCUCUUGCGGUUCGGAAGAAAUGGGACGAAGACGAGUACAAUCUCGCAGACCAUGGAUCUGGCAAGGAUUUAUGUUUUGCGAUCAUGUGGGAUGAUGGCGUUGUCGUGCCUCACCCGCCUAUCAGGAGGUCUCUAGAAGUCACCAAAGCGGCUCUCGAGAAGGCGGGCUACAAAGUUGUUGACUGGAAGCCCAUCAAGCACAAGUUGCUUACAGAUACCACGCGGAACAUCCGGAACGCUGGUUCUGCCGAGGAUUGCAUGAUCACGACCUCUGUUACAGGCGAACCAAUAAUUGCAACAAUGGACCUGGACAACUCAGAUGCUGCGGCAGCACCCUUCCGUCCGCCGAAGAUGGGUAUCACCGCAUACCAGCUCUGGCAAGUGCAGAAACUGCGCAAAGAUCUUCGGAAAGAAUAUCUUGACCACUGGGAAGAAACUGCGUCGGAGACUGGUACAGGACGGCCUGUCGACGCGAUCAUCUGUCCAGCCUCGUCGUACACUAACUACACCGCUGUUUGGAACGCGCUCGACUAUCCCGCUGCGACUUUCCCAGUAACCACUGUCGACCCCAUUCUCGAUGCGAAGAAGCCUCGUCACGCUUUUUAUGACGACUUUGAUAAGGGCGUUUACGAAAUGUACGACCCGGAGAGAUUCAAAAACACACCCGUCUGCUUGCAACUCGUCGGUCGGACUCUGGAGGAAGAGGCGGUUAUAAAAAUGACCGAAAUUGUUGAUGCGGCGCUGGCAUCCGCCAAAUAAAUUCAAGGUAUACCUAGAACAUGCAACGAACGACACCUCACACUUAACAUCACCCUCGAUACAUGUACAUUCGCGAUCUCCACAAAUCAAUCGUUGAGAUAAAUCAUCAUUGGGUAUGGCUAGAAGUCUUGAUUUAUAUAACUGAGACAGACAGACCAGCUAGAAACCUACCUGAUCGGCAAUUCUGCCAGUGUUUUCCAUGUACCAUGCGGCUUAAUCAAGCUCAUCACCUCCUCUAGGUAUCUCCAAUACAGUACAAGGCGUAUAGAAUGGCUCCCGGGAAGCGGGUGGAAGAAUAAUCCAUCAGCUCGCUGUAAAAGCAAGUCAACCGGUAGUCAUCUUGAGAAGUGCCCUCAAUUAGCUCAGCCGUGUUGUACAGCACAUGAGUGG